UCAAGCCUAAUGUGUCCAGAUACUACAACCUUCCACUAUACAUGUUGAUCUGGAUCACAACAUAUCAUGAUCACUAUCUUACGUUUUUAUUACAAGUGUUGAUAUUGUCCGACAUUAUUUAGUGAGAUAAGAUAAAUAUGUAACCGUAAAGUUAAACAUGCAUUUCAAUUUAUAAAAGGGAAAAUGGAUUAAUUAUUCUGCUAAUUAUAGAGCUGGAAUUUAGAAAUUAAAAUUCGUCUAGUGUUAAAGUUGUGCCAGUCAUGCACGUGGAUAUAGUUUUGUUAUACAAAUUCGUGUUCUUGGAUAUAUAGUUUACAUUGUAAAUUUGACCGAUCAAAGUUUAACCGAACAAACCAAAAAAUGGACCCUAGGCAUGAAGGUGCGACUCAUAUAGAGUUAUCUCCCAUUAGUUCAUCAAAUGGCACAUCGGAUAUGGCAGACAACAAACAAAAAGCAGAGCCGACACAACACGAACAGAAUUUUGGAUAUGAAGAAACACUGAUAUAUGGCCAGUACAAAAGAGACCUUGGAAGUUUUGCCAAAUUUCAAGCCAAGAAAUUUAAAGAAAAGAAAGAUUUAGGAAAGACUGAAAUAGUUAAAUCAAAAUCAAGACUUGGCUUAUAUAUAAUAUUAGAUAAUGUAAUAAGAGUACGAGAUGUUGUAUUUAAAUCGAUUGGAGAAGAUUGGGUCUUCUUGGCACUCCUGGGAGUACUUAUGGCCUUACUUAGUUUUGCCAUGGAUUAUAUCAUAGAAAAAUGUCAAAGUGCUAAGAUGUGGCUGUAUACAGAGCUGGCAUUCUCUCUACCUCUACAGUAUUUUGCCUGGAUUUCAUACACAAUAUUAUUUAUAUUAUUUGCUACUGGAUUCACACAUUUAGUGUCCCCUCAAGCUGUGGGAUCUGGUAUACCAGAAAUGAAGACUAUUUUACGUGGAGUUGUUCUAAAAGAAUUUUUAACAUUUAAAACACUUGUUGCCAAAGUUGUAGGACUUUGUGCCUCAUUAGGAAGUACAUUAACUUUAGGGAAGGAGGGUCCAUUUGUACAUAUAGCUAGUAUUGUGGCAACAUUGUUAGGGAAACUUUCAUCAUUUAAAGGGGUUUACCAGAAUGAAUCCAGAAGAACAGAAAUGUUAGCUGCUGCUUGUGCUGUGGGGGUUGCUGGCACUUUCGCUGCUCCAAUUGGAGGAGUAUUAUUUAGUAUAGAGGUCACAGCUACCUACUUUGCAGUCAGGAAUUAUUGGAGGGGAUUUUUUGCUGCAGUAUGCGGGGCCAUUACAUUCAGAUUGCUGGCAAUCUGGUUUCAACAUGAAGAAACUAUAACAGCUUUAUUUAAAACUAAUUUAAGAACAGAGUACCCAUUUGAUGCCUUAGAACUGCUGGCAUACAGUUUUAUAGGAGUGAUAUGUGGUUUUGCUGGUGCCUUAUUUAUAUUGUUACAUAGAAAAAUUAUUUUGUUUACAAGAAAAAGAAGAAGACUUACAAAUUUUUUACAGAAAAAUCGUUUCAUUUACCCAGGAAUGGUUGCCUUUGUCAUUUCAUCUCUUACAUUCCCUCCAGGUUUUGGCCAGUUCUUUGCUGGUAUGUUGACCAAUAAGCAAGCAAUCAAUGAAUUAUUUAGUAACAUAACUUGGACAAUAGGUCAAGCAGAUGACCUUGAGGAUGAGAAGAUCUUAAGUCAUUGGAUACAUCCUGACACUAAUGUCUAUGUUACUCUUGUAUUGUUUAUAAUCAUGCAUUUUUUGUUUGGUGCUAUAUGUAAUACUCUGCCUAUUCCUGCUGGAGUGUUUGUACCUGUGUUUAUGGUUGGAGCAGGUUUUGGUAGAUUGAUUGGAGAAGCCAUGGCAGCCUGGUUCCCUCUAGGUUUAGCUGCUGCUGGACUGGUACAUAAAAUAGUACCAGGAGGUUAUGCUAUAACAGGAGCAGCUUCCUUGGCAGGCAGUGUGACGAGAACCAUAUCUACAUCUGUGAUAGUAUUUGAACUGACAGGUCAAAUCAGUCAUGUUCUUCCUGUUGUUGUUUCUGUAUUGAUAGCCAAUGCUGUGUCAAACAAAUUGCAGCCCUCAUUUUUUGACAGUAUUAUACGUCUGAAGAAACUACCAUAUCUCCCUGAUAUUGUAUCAGCUAAAGGGAAAUUUUGCACAAGAACAAGAGGUCUCCAGGAAAAAAGUGCCUGGAACAUAUUUAUUGAAGAUAUCAUGGUUAAAGAUUGUCAAUUUAUAACACUGAUAUCAACAUACAAAGAUUUACAAGACCUUCUGUCAAACACAGCACACAAAACUUAUCCCUUUGUGGAUGCCCCAGAUUCCAUGAUAUUGUUAGGAUCUGUACAACGAUAUGAACUUGAAAGAAUAAUUUACGUUCAAUUAAGUUACGAUCAGAAGAUAGUUCCCCAGGGUUCUAUUGAUGAUCUGUCAGAUGACGAACUAUCAGAAACUUCAGGACCAAAUUCCAGAUCAGCUUCACGUCCUACAACACCUCCACCAUUUAUUGAUAGUCAGUUUAGGGCAUUGACUCCAAAGUCAAGAUUCCAUGUGUCAAAAGUUGACGACAUUCCAUUACACCCAGUACAUGGGCGUAAAUUGUCCUUAUCAAGUUCGGACAAUCACCUAAACAUUCCCAAAAUCAUUAUCCAGGACGAGAAUGAGGAUGAUUCUGAGCAUAGUGAAGAUAAUUUAACAGCUGAAGAGAGGGACAUAAGACAAUAUCAUACAAUACAAGUACCAUUGAGGGGUAUACUAAAAAAGUCAACAUCAGCUUCUAGACUUCCUGUCAAAUCUGGGAGUGCUACAGAUCUAAAAGCUGAGAUAAAUGCCUACUACAGAAAGUUAGCAGGAACAAGGAAGGAGAGCAUAGUAGAAGAUGUUCCAUUCUUUAUAAAUAAAUCCAGUUUUUCAAAUUUACCAAGUUUAGAAAAGAGAAGAGUGAAGAAAGUGAAACUGCCUCCAGAGCCAGUUAAAAUUAGCAAUUUGCCAGAAGACAAGCAAAAAGAAUGGGAAGAAGAGAAGUUGAUGGAGACAAUAGAAUGGGAGGGUUGUCAGAUAGAUCCAGCUCCAUUCCAGCUGGUAGAAAGAACAUCUUUACACAAGGUCCAUUCCUUAUUUUCAUUGCUGGGUUUAAGUCGUGCGUAUGUUACAAAUACAGGAAAAUUAUGUGGAGUCUGUGGUUUGCAAGAGCUUCGUAAUGCCAUUCAAGGCAGGAUUGAUGCAGAAGAAGCCAUUAAACAAAGAGAGGAGGAAUCUGAAGAUAAAGAAUUUGACCCUCAGGAAUUAGAGGUCGAAAUGGCACCUCGACCAAGUGACUAUAUGUUAAGUCAUUCAAACGAUGCAGACUUUGAAUAUCCAGUUGUACAGAUCUCACCGCCAGACGAAGACAGUAAUGUGUGAUAAGAUAUUUACCAUUUCAGUGUAAGACAAACACUGCUAUGUGAUAAGAUAUUUACCAUUUCAGUGUAAGACAAACACUGCUAUGUGUGAUAAGAUAUUUACCAUUUCAGUGUAAGACAAAAACUGCUAUGUGUGAUAAGAUAUAAGUACUAAGCAAUGGGCAUUUGUUAUGAAAUGAAACCCUUUAGGAGUACUAUUGCAAUCAUAUGAAAGUAACAAGAUUAAAUGGUAGUGUAACUUAGUAUUAAUAAUUCUCUUUAGGUUACUUGUUUAGGUGAACAAUUCUUGGUAGUUGUAAAUAUAGGUAUUAGUCAGUCAUUCUUGUUUAUUGUGAUUUGGUUGGCUUAUAAUUAGAACUGUUACUGAGUACAAUAGUUUUUAUCUUUUCUUCAUUGCUUUUUGUACAAGUUGAAUACACUGUAAAACUUUUGUCACACAUCAACCUAUUCCAUACCUCCAUUUAUACACUGUAUGUUGUAGAUCAGGUGAGUUAUGGGACCAAGAACUUUAUCAUAUAACAUUUCAAUCACAAAAUGGAAAUUUGUUUUGACAUUCCAAAGAUUUUAUUGAAGGAACAACUGUGGAUUCAUUAUUAUUUGUUAGAUACAAAUUUUCGUGGGUUUCGUAGAGUUCAAGAGAACCACAACAUUUAAUGUGAAAUGAAUGACAAUUUUUCUAGGAUUGUAUGCAGACCUCUGCAAAAUCACAAAAUCAAAUAUCCACAAACAUACAAGUUUUCAGUAAUACAUGAAAAUUGGUACCCAUGAAAAUUAAUGAUACCACAGUACAUUAUAUCACUUUAUACAUUUCAUAUCAGUAGAUAAGCUAUAUCAUUUAUGCAUUCACUUAAAUAAUUGUUUUAUUCUUACCUAUAACAAAAACAGUAUUCCUAUUAGGAUUAAAAGAUCAAAGUAAACAACGACUUCCAUGCUAUACUUUUUUUUCGUGGAUCGUAAUAAUACUCCCAGCUCCAAAGGAUUGGAGGGGUCAGGGAGGAGUAUUCUAGAUAUCAUCUUCCCAUCUGUAUAUAACUUAAUUCACUUCAUCCCAUGGGGGACAUAGGGCGACCACAGUAGCUUUCCAUCUUUUCCUCUCCUUGGGCAUGGCUAUUUUCUUUGCCUCUCCCCAUGUUUUCCCAAUUUUCUGUAGAUCAGAUGUAAGAUCUCUGCGUCAGGUGGAUUAUGGUCACCCUCUUUUACGAUGGCUUUGAGGAUUCCAAUCUGUAUAUGUGUCUGUAAAAAUAUUUCAGUCACAGUUUUCCCAGCAGCAACAAAUAUCUUCUUAAAAUAUUAGUGUCUGAAUGAAUGUAUUCUUAUUUUUGACGAGCCUGCAACUUUUGUUGAUCAAUGUUUCGUUUUCUUGGUUAAUGUAGAGUUUAUGUGACAGUUGUAAUAAAGAUUUAUAAUUAGGUCUAUCAACAUAAUAUCAAUGAUUAGUAAAGACGGCGAGACAUUUCAGCGUGUGCACUCUUGUUUAAAAAUCAGAAUUAAAAAGAGUCUACAUGUGGGUUAGUAUUUAAACUUUUUUUGUAUGAAGGAUAACAUCAAGUUAACAAAGGACAAUUAAUGAUAAGAACAAACAUUUUGGUCUCGUUUUGUCAAACUCCUCCAAGUUAUUUGUCAUUGUCAUGUAAUAAAUACUUUAAAUAGGUUUAUGUUUCUAAAAAUGGAAUUUCAUUUCCCUAAAAUUAAUAUAAUGAUGUAAUAGUUACGUUUUUAUUUGGUGACAUUAUGUAAAUUUAAAAGAAAUUAUCAAAAAGACCAGUUUUUAGAUAGUUAUGACUGAAGUAUGUAUCAUCCAAUGAGCAAACUACCUGUAUAUAAUAGUGUUAGUAUUUUGCCUAAAUUUUUCACAAUCAGAUAAUUUUGUUGAUUUUGUUUAAGCAGCAAUUCAAUCAAUCUUCUUUUUAGAAAAGAUAUAGUAAAGACAUAUAAACAUAAAAACAUGGUAUUUUUUAUUAAUGUGGAUAGUUAACAGCCUAAAUACUAAAAAAGCUAAUAUGGUUGAAUGAGGCCAACUGCUGGAAAUAUAUCAUCUAUUGUCCUUACAGUACUCUACAGAACAUACAAUAGGGACUGCAGGGACGGAUCCAGCCAUUUUAAAAAGGGGGGUUUCUAACCCAGGAAAAAGGUGGGUUCCAACUCCAUGUCCCCAUUCAAAAGCAUUGAUCGUUCAAAAAAAAGGGGGAGGUCUAACCCCCAGACACCCCCUCCUUCCUCCCUGGAUCCUCGCCUGUACUGGAUGGGGUGUUUACUGAAUAUAGAAUAAUUGGGGGAAAUGCAGAAUAAAGGACUUAAAAAUAAAGAAUAGAGAAAAAUAGACCAAAAAGUAUAGAUAAAAGAAAAAUGUGGUGUUUAAAUAUAAAAAAAAAAUACCCCUCAACCAGACCCUAAUACAUGUUCAAGUGUUUUUAAUUAAACAUCAUAAGUUCAUAAUCCAUGUAAUAGAUAUCUGUUUGGUUCAACCUUGAACACAGAUCUUUAUUUUGCAUUCAAUUAGUUGAGAAAUCUAAAAAAAAAAUAGUAGAACUUUUAUAAACAGGAAUAAGAAGGUCUUUUUACAAUAAAGAAAUUUUAAAUGAAAUUUAAUUUAUGAUUCAUUUAUAGGUAGUCUUUGAAAUGAAAUUUACCUGUCAUAAUAUUAUGUGAGAAUUUACUGAUGAAGUAUCUUGUCUUUAAGUUUAAUGUACAUGCUUUUCCUAAGUCAGAUCUCUAUGAGGAAAACCUAUACUUUAACAUUUUAAUGAUGAUUAAAAGCUCUGAGAUAAAUUAGAGUUUAAAAAUUGUAGCUUUGCCUCAAGUAGAUAAAGUUUUCAUAUUUAAAUCAUCGAAUUAUAUUUGUAUAUACAUGAAAGAAAAAAACUCAAGAAACCUUGAUCGAAAUGUUAGACAGUGUUUGUAGUCUAAUGCUAUGCAAUAUACAUGUGAUAUAUGUUGUAAUUUUAUGACAUUUUUUAUGUUUUUGUGUAUUGUUUAUGGAUAUUUAUGUAAAUUAUGUCUAUUACAUUGUUUUAUUUCGAAUGUAAAUAUGUACAUAUGAAAAAUGGCAAUAAAGUCAUUAUACGUCUACAUUUGUAAAGUGCUAACUCAUAUCUUAUGACCUUUUAAAGGUCAAGUGCCACUUUUCUUUAUUUUUUUAUCUAUAUAUAUAUAUAUAUAUUGCUUUUUUCUUUUAAUUGAAAUAUAAGUGCAAGGGACCAUCUCAUAAUACAUAUUUUUCACAUUACUUUAUACUUACUAUUUUGUUUGGAGAUGAAGCAAAUAAUAAUACAUUUUUGUAAUACCUAAUUUGAAAAAAAAAUUAUUCUAGCUUAAAUUUUUCACUGUUUGAAAUGAAUAAGGUCAGUCUGUGGUAGCUAAUACAUUCAAGCUCUUCAUUUAAUUUUUUUUUGUAUUUUGAAAUGGUCCCUAAGCCCUUUUUUUGUUCAGUGUACAUUGUAUGUAUUAUUUCAUGUUUCAUCAGUUGUAUGGUGUGUGUUUAUGUCUAAAGUUAUGUUUUAUUGAGUUAUAUCAUCACAUCUACAAAAUCUGUUUAGGGAAUUGGUAUUUACAGGGUAUCCGUUUUUCAGCAAACUGAAAAAAAAUACUUUGAUAUUACAGAAAAGGUUAAAAAAAAAGGUGGAAAGUGGGAAAAUUUCGAAAAAUAAUCAAGAUUUAUGAAAUGAAAUGACUUCUCAUGUCACCACUUCAUUAUACUUGUAUAUUAGCUUAUGAUCAACAAGCAUUACAUAAACUCGCACAAUAAAAGUUUUCAUCUACUUUACUACAAUGUAUUUAGCAAUAUUCUGUAAUGUCUCCAUGAAUAUACAUAGUAUUAACUUUGUUUGCAUUCAUAUCUGGAUUGAAUUUUAUCUUUAUCAUUAUUUAGGUAAGAGCUAUAUCAUUAAAAUGGGUAUGUAGGCAUUAGAAAAUAACCAACCUACCCUCUAUGUUAUUUAGCUUACAUCGAAAGGACAAAAAAUCAUAAAGGAUCCAUGUUCUAAAAUGAAACUGCCAAAGAGUUCUGAAAGAUUGUUUGUAAGUUACUAAAAUAAACGAUGCUAAGUAUUUCAUAUUAGUUAGAGAAAAAUUAAAGUUAUAUUUUACGCUAGACUAUUUUUCAUAACAUUGGCACAUUCUUAUGGUCACUAAAGUGACAUGGAGAAUAAUUAUUCAAUUAGGAUUAAAAAAAAUAUACAUUCCAUCAUCCUAUAGAAUUAAAAUCAAUAAAUGUGAAGUAAAAGUCUUAGUGAUACUGGUAGUUUUUAUGAAGAGACACAAAUUUUAGGGUGAAUUGUGAGGUUUAUGAAGUUAAUAAAAAUAUAUGUUAAUGAAUAUGAAUUGAAUGUGCUAUGCCUUCUAUGAUCUGUUUUGUUGUGAUAUUAUUAUACUGUAUAUUUGUAUUAUUAUCCCACUUGAGGGGUGGGGCUAUAUUAAAUUCACCAUGUCUGUACGUCUGUCCUUUCAUCCAUUAAACAAAUACUUCUAUCACAUUUUUCUUAAGUACUAAUGAACAAAAUGACUAAAUAUUUGAUCAGCUUCUUGACUAGUUGUAACUUGUACUUGAUUUUCAGACAUGUCAUACACCUAUUUCUUGUUAACAAUACCUUAAAUAAUUCAAUGUGUUGAAUAAACUUUUAAUUUUUCUUUCAUACAUUUCUCUAGUAAAACUGAAAAAUUAUUUCAUAUUUCAUCAGUAUCUUAACAUCAAUGUGUGCAAGCUUUACAGAUCUGUAAAACAUCUACAUAUUUAUCAUACUUUGAAUAAUGAGUGAUAUAUAUAAAAAAGAAGAUGUGGUAUGAUUGUUAAUGAGACAAUGAGAGUGGGAGUAUGGUUAGUAUGACAACGAUUCUUGUUUUGUGAUAAUGGUAUAAUGUUACAUUUGUCUUUCACUAAUGUUUUAAUGUCUACUUGUAUAUAAUAUUGAUAUAAUAAACAGAUGUCGGCCAUUAUUGUGUAGAAUUAGAUGGAAAGGAAGCAAAUAUACAGAAUGAUAUUAACCUAACAUAGACGUUUGAAAAAUAUGUAAUUUUUUUAUUUGUUUACAGUUCUACAAAAAUUGUAUUACAAUAUUCUUGUUCUAAUAUUUAUUGCAAAAUAAAUGUGUAGAAAGCUGGUAUCAAUCAACAAAAUUUUGAUCUGGGUUAUUUCCCUUGGGUAAAAAAUGUCCACUCUUAAAGCUUAAAAUAGUCUUGAUCAUCACCAAAGGAAAAAUUCUCUCUAAGUUUAUGUAAUAAUAACAAUUUACAUUUUGUAAGAAAUGCAAUAAAAAUUCAAUACAUGUAAUACAAUUUAAAAAAAAAUUAACUCACUAGACAUUGGAAAUUAAGGAUAUAAAUCUUCCUGUCAUAUUCACUUCUAUAGUGCAGGCUAAUAUUGUGGUAGCAUUUUGUCCAAUACCAAUCUAGCAAAGGGCAUUUUUUUCUUUAAAAAACCCAGUAUAAAUAUCCUUCCAGUUCUGACAAAGGGAGAUAAUUUGCAAUUGUUUUGUAUAUGUGAAAAUUGAAGGAUUUUUUGCAUGUGAAUGGCAUUAUUAUUGUUGAAUAAAUUGUGAACAAAGUUAUGACAUUUUAUGAAUAUAUUAUUUAUUGAUUUUAUCAAUAAACUCUUCCACAUAA